AUGGGAGCUCAAAUUAAACCUCCUCCUGGGAAAGGGCCAUAUUGCUAUAGGAUUCAUGGUCAGAUGUACCACAUGGUUUCUCCUUUAAACAGUGGUCAUAACAAACCAGGUUAUGGUCAGUUAUAUGUGUUUCAUACCAAUGAAGCCACUGAAAAACGCAUGGAAAGAAAUGAAGGAUGUUUGGUCUCUGUGAUGAAAAGAUUGAAUUCUAUGUUGAGAGUAAUCAAUCCGUUCAUUGAUUGUUACCUGCAAAUUCAUCGUAUAAUUGAAGAAAAUCCUGUUACAAAUAUCAAGAUGGUUUUCAUGGAGAUUAGAAAUUUAGAUAUACUUAGAUAUAACCAACCUAUUACAAAAGCAGAGAUUGCAGCGAUAUUUGUUGGAGAUAAUAACGAACCACCUGCAAAUCGAGACAUCUGUAUUUAUCCUGUAGGUAAUAGCUGUAAAAAUAUUUCUCCAUUUAACCAAUGUUGUGAUCUCAUGGUCUAUACCUUGCUAGAGGAGAAUUAG